AUGGGUUAUAUUUAUGAAGCCAUGGGCCGAGCCAAGAAAGCUAUUGCUGCUUCAUUUUCCAACAUUGAAGAGAAGUAUAAAGAUGUGUUUGCGUUGAUUGAUGCUAGAUGGAAUGUUCAACUUCAUAGGCCUUUGCAUGCAGCUGGUUACUACUUGAACCUGGAGUUCUACUAUGCAAAUUCUAAUGUAGAACAAGAUGAAGAGGUUAAGCAAGGUUUAUAUGCUUGCAUUCGGAGGGUGGUUCCAACUAUUGAAUUGCAAGAUAAAAUUCUUGAUGAACUUCCAAAGUACAAGAAAGUAGAAGGACUUUUUGGGAUCCCUUUUGCAAUAAGACAUAGGACUACAAAAGCACCAGCAUUGGCUCCGAAUUUGCAAACUUUUGCAAUCAAAAUUUUGAGCCUAACCUGCAGUUCAUCGGGUUGUGAGCGAAAUCGGAGUAUUUUUGAACAUCUUCAUUCUAAGAAAAGAAAUAAAUUGGAGCAAAAACGCCUCAAUGAUCUAGUUUUUAUCAAGUAUAAUAGAGCUUUGAGGAGGCGAUAUGAUGCACGUGAUACAAUAGAUCCUAUUCGUUUGGAUGAAAUAAAUGAGAGUAAUGAAUGGUUGUUAGGGAGAUCGACUCUUGAUAGUGGUGAAGAGAAUGCUAUAGUAUUUGAGGAUGAUGAAUUGACUUGGGGUGAUAUUGUACGAGCUGUCGGGGUUGAUGAAGAUGCUUAUAGUUUGCAAUCUCAAUCUACAAUAGAACCAAGUGGCAAAUCAAAGGCGUCUUCUUCAAAAGCUAGCAAAAAAGCCUCUUCAUUUAAAUCUAGUGGAUGUCGUCUAAAUCUUAUUGAUGAAGAAGAAGAGGACGAAAAAAAAAACUUCGAUGAUUCUAAUGAAGUGGAGGCUGAGUAUAGAUCUGACGAAAAUGGAGAUGAUGGAAAUGAAAGUGAAGAAUUUGAAGAUUAUCUAGUAGAAUCAGAUGAUUGGAUUUAG